UCUGUUUUAUACUCAAAGUUGAGGGAUUUAUUUGCUGGUGAUACACUGCAUUGUAAUUAUAUCGACUGUAGGCAACUUGCAAAGAGGAUUUCCCCGUUCUUUUUAUCACAGUGCGGUGAUAUACGUGAACACUAGACUUAGUCCAAAGGCACGGCGCGCAUCGGCAGCGCGCAUCGGCAGCGCGCACGCAUUGUCACGUCACAUUAAAGAACCUAUUAUAGAACACAGUUCUACUCAUGCCACACAGGUGACAGCAAUGGCAACGAAGUGGGGUAUCUGCAGCGCAGGGAAGAUCUCUCAUGACUUCACCGUGGCCCUAAAAACCCUCCCUCCUGAAGACCACCAGGUGGUUGCAGUUGCAGCACGGAAGCUUGAUGAUGCACUGAGUUUUGCUCAAAAGCAUAAUAUCCCCCAGGCUUAUGGAAGCUAUGAAGAACUGUCCAGAGAUCCAAAUGUUGAUGUAGUGUAUAUUGGAGUCAUUCAUCCCUACCAUUUGAAUACAUGUUAUUUUGCCAAUGCUAAGAAGCACAUACUAUGUGAAAAACCCCUGGCUAUGAACUCUAAGGAGGUUCAGGAGAUCCUCACUGCUGCUAAAAGAAAUAAUGUCUUCUUAAUGGAGGCUGUCUGGACUCGAUUUUUUCCCGUCUCUGUUGAGAUCAGACGGCUGCUUGCUCAGGGGGAAGUGGGUGAUGUGAAGAUGGUGAGGUCAGAGUUUGGGGUGCCACUUUUGGAUGUGCCAAGAGCUGUGCAGAAAGAACUGGGAGGAGGAGCCUUGUUGGAUCUUGGCAUUUAUUGCCUGCAAUGUAUUAGCAUGGUGUACAAUGGAGAGAAACCAGAGUCCAUCCAAGCCGUUGGAAUCUGCUCUGAAACCGGUACAGAUGAGACUGUGAUUGUUACUUUAAAGUACUCAAAGAACAGAAUGGCUGUGUUCACAUGUUCUAAUGGUAUGGAGUUGCCUAAUGAUUUCAUUGUUGUUGGAACAAAACACUUCAUGAAGGUCCCUGCCAACAUGUGGUGUCCAACAUCCCUAAUUGUGAAUGGGAAGGAGACAGAGUAUCCUCUUCCUGAACCCUAUCUGCCUACCAACUUUCUCAACGGCACAGGGAUGUGUUAUGAGGCAGAAGAGGUUCGACAGUGCUUGCUCAAAGGACUUAAGGAGAGUGCCAUAAUGCCUCAUUCAGACUCUAUUCUGCUUGCAGAAAUAGAGGAUGAAAUUCGUAGACAAGUUGGGGUUGUGUAUCCCCAAGAUUCUUUAUAGGCAAAAAAAAAAGAAGGAACAAUUUCUGGAACCACAAAAACAGUACUUCUUAAAACAAAAAUAAUGUUUUGUAGUGACAUAAUAAAAUCAAGGAAAAUGUG